AUGGCCACCACUCCCGCCCCAGACUACUCCUCCGUAGUUUCCGCAACCGGCUUCCUACGCCCACGCGCUUCCCGCUCCAUAUCUGACUUCCAAACGCAUCUCGCCGAAUCACCUCGCGUACUUGCACUACUUGGCGCCGGACUGUCGGCGCCGUCAGGCUUGCCUACUUUCCGCGGCACAGGGGGGUUAUGGCGGACGCAUGAUGCGAAGCAGCUGUCGACUCCACAGGCUUUUGACGAGAAUCCUGGGUUGGUCUGGGAGUUCUAUUUGGAGAGAAGAGCUGCAGCGAAGGAAGCGAAGCCGAAUAGAGCGCAUUUCGCGUUGUCGGAGCUGGCCAAGAGGGUGCCGGGGUUUAUGGCGAUUAGUAUGAAUAUUGAUGGCCUCAGCGAACGAGCCACCCACCCUCCAGCCCAAAUCAGCUUCCUCCACGGCAGUCUUUUCUCUAUUCGCUGUACUACCUGUCCCCACACCAUCCACGACGAAGCCGCCGAAGCCGUCAUCACCACUCUCCCCACCGCUCUCGCAUCUUCUUCUACUUCAUAUCUCUCCGCAGCUUCCAUACCCAUCUGUCCAGCCUGCCACACCGGCCUUCUCCGCCCGGGCGUCGUCUGGUUUGGCGAAGCCCUUCCUUCCGCUACCCUUGCAUCUCUUUACGCCUGGAUCGAAGCCGCACCGUCCAUUGAUACGAUGUUAGUGAUCGGGACGAGUGCGGAGGUGUAUCCAGCGACGGCGUAUAUCGAGGCGGCGAGGAAGAAGCUAGCACGAGUUGCGGUUGUGAAUGCCGAACAGGAGGACCCGGGGCUGCUAGGGCUGGAGGAGCAGGAUUGGUAUUUUCAGGGGGAUGCGGAGGAGUUAGUGCCGGAGAUGUUGAAGGAGGUGGUAGGAGAGAUUAGGGAUGCGUAG